UGCUCCGUCUGCUGUGUGUUGAACUUGUUAAUAAUUCAAGUGUUUUAGUGCGAGUGUGCGAGUGUGUGUGCAACUGCAUUAUGUCUGUGCAUCAUUGCAUUGAUGACAAACAGGACACAAAGGAAGCCCGUUUGCUGCUGCCGCCUUUUGUGCCGCGUGCGCCAGUUCAGAAAAUAUUCAUUGAUGAUUUGACAAUGGAGCGAAGACGCCAAUGGCGUGUGCCCUGGUUCCUAUUGUUGAUGUGCUUUGUGCAGAUCUCGCUGCAUCUGAUUGUCAAUGACUGUAUGCAACGUCGUCUCAUCUACAAGCCAGAGCUGUGGCACGAAUAUUGGCGCUUCUUUACCUACAUGCUGCUCCAUGCGGAUCACUGGCACCUGUGGAUCAACAUUUGUCUGCAGUGCUUCAUUGGGGUCUGGCUGGAACUGGAGCAGGGUCAUUGGCGGGUGGGUGUGGUCUAUGUGGCGGGUGGCAUUUGUGGUGCAUUGGCCAAUGCCUGGCUACAGCCGAAGCUGUCAUUAUUGGGCGCAUCGGCAGGCGUCUAUGCCCUGCUGUGCAGUCAUGUGCCGCACCUGGUUUUGAACUUCUCACAAUUGUCGCAUCGCUUUAUUCGCAUUGCCGCCUUGCUGAUUUUGCUGGUGAGCAAUGUGGCCUACACAGCAUUUCACUUUUGCAUUAAUCACAAUCGGGAUCCACGCAUUAGUCUGGAGGCCCAUCUAGGCGGGGGAGCGGCGGGUGUGUUAAUUGGAUUUCUUGUUUAUCGGCGAUUGUAGCAUUGUGCCCUGCGUUAUUUCUAACUAAUUUCAUAAUUUAUAUAUAGCUUAAGUUAGCCUUUAACAUUUGUAAUUCCACUCAAGUCGGCAGG